AUGGCAGCAAGAAUACUUGGUGGUGGUCAGUCUAGCGUUGUGGAUAGUGGUAGGGCAGCAGGAAUAGUUGGUGGUGGUCAGUCUGGUGUUGUUGAUAGUGUUAGGGCAGCAGGAAUAGUUGGUGGUUUUCAGUCUGGUGUUGUUGAUAGUGGUAGGGCAGCAGGAACAGUUGGUGGUGGUCAGUCAAGUGUUGUGAAUAGUGGUAGGGUAGCAGAAAUAGUUGGUGGUGGUCAGUCUAGUGUUGAUAGUGGAAAGGCAGAAGGAAUAGUUGGUGGUAGUCAGUCUGGUGUUGAUAGUGGUAGGACAGCAAGAAUAGUUGGUGGUAGUCAGUAUGGUAUUGAUAGUGGUAGGGCAGCAGGAAUAGUUGGUGGUGGUCUGUAUGGUGUUGAUAGUGAAAGGGCAGCAGGAAUAGUUGGUGGUUUUCAGUCUGGUGUUGGUUAUGUUGAUAGUGGUAGGGCAGCAGGAAUAGUUGGUGGUUUUCAGUCUGGUGUUAUUGAUAGUGGUAGGGCAACAGGAAUAGUUGGUGGUGGUAGGUCUGUUGAUGAUGGUAGGUCUGUAGGAAUUGUCAGAGGUCAAUUUGGUGUUGUUGAUAGUGGUAGGGCGGCAGGUAUAGUUGGUGGAAGUAGGUCUGGCUUUGUUGAUGGUGGGGGAGACAUGGAAAUUGAUUGGUGGUGUUAG